UGUGACAGCUGGAGACAAAAAAAAAACUUUGGGAAUGUUUAUUUUGUGAUUUCGUCAAUUUUGUUGAUUUUUCGUGGAAACAAUGGAUGUAAUUCUUAUGGAACAGCUGGGUAUCCCCAAACGCCAAAUAUGUGAAACCAAAGCAACCAAUCGCUUCGAAAUCCUCGCAAGCAAUCAAUGGAUCAAGUACCUGGCCAAAUACAACAAGCUAAUCCCCUUUCCAAUGUAUCAGAGUACAAUUGAGGAUUGGGAGGACUUUGUGGAUGAUCCCCACUGGUCCAGAAUGUACGUGAGUGUCCUCAAGAAGCACACACACAAAGUCAUACCACUCCCACGAAUCCGUCCGGACGCCAUCGAUGGUGAGAUGCCCCUGUCCUACUCUCAGAUCCUCCACUACGUGAGUCAGAGCAAUCACAAGAAUCUCUGGCGGGCGGCUUACAAGAAGUACGUGGAGACACAUGCAGAGAAGCGUGAUGCUCCGGAACUUCCAACUGUCCGGAGGAGCGAUAAAUCCAUCAAUCUUGUCCCGUAUGAUGUUGUUCUGCGUGAAGCCAUCACGCGUACGUACAACUGCAGUGUGAUUCACGCAAAGCUGGACAGAGUAUCAGAUGCAGAGGUCAUCCCUGCGAGCUCUGGUGAGAAUCAGGACAGCCCUGAUACGAAUCUCUAUCCCGUUGUGGCAGCCAUUGAGAGCAACAGUCACUUUUUCCUCAUUCACGACUUGGCUGUGAGCAAUACCCUUCAGGAUUGUGUGACGUACAGUCCAGCUGUCCUGGACAGCCACAACAAACCCCUCUUCCUCAUCUACCAGCUGUGCAAUCUUAUGAAGUCCCUGCACCGCAAAGGACUCCUUCUGGGGGACAUUACUCUCGGAGAUAUUCACAUAACUGAGAAUCUCUGGCUUCAGGUCAUUCCACGCAUUGAGGCCAACAUUUUACAGUUGGAGAGUGAUUCAGAGCCAGGGGAGGUGUAUGAUCUCCUUCCGGCAAACUCCUCGCCGGGAAAGAAGAGGAGCACCUUUGUUGUGGCUCCGGAUAUGGGUGGUCCAUCGUAUUCUCUGCGUGAUUGCUGCGAAAUGUGGUGCAGUGGACACCUCAGCAACUUUGAUUACCUCACGAUACUCAAUAACUUUGCCGGGAGGCGCAUUGGGGAGCCUGGGCAUCACCACAUUAUGCCGUGGGUGAGUGAUUUUGCCUUCCGGAAUGGCAACAAUUGGCGGGAUUUGUCAAAAUCAAAGUAUCGCCUCAACAAGGGGGAUGCCCAGCUUGAUUUAACAUUCCAAUCCAAUAGUGGAGCUGAAAUUCCCCACCACGUGUCCGACGUGUUGUCUGACAUUACGUUUUACGUCUAUAUGGCAAGGAGGACACCCCGAAACAUCCUCUGUCGUCAUGUACGAACUGUUUGGGUGCCUGCAGAGUACCCAGCGUCGAUUCAACGGCUCCAGGAAUGGACCCCUGAUGAAUGCAUUCCGGAAUUCUUCACUGAUCCCAGCGUCUUCAAGAGUAUCCACGAAGAUCUCCCGGAUUUGGAGGUCCCCGCCUGGGCUAGCUGCCCCGAGGACUUCAUUACGAAGCACCGAGAAGCCCUGGAGAGUACGUACGUGUCGGAGAGGCUACACAAUUGGAUUGAUCUCACAUUUGGCUACAAAUUGAGUGGCCAGGCGGCAAUUAAGGCUAAAAAUGUCUGCUUGUCUCUCGUGGAUGGACACAAGAAUCUCUGCCAGAGGGGCGUUGUGCAGCUCUUCACGCACGCACACCCACCGAAAAUGAUUCCCAAUGUGUGGCUGUCGAAGAAUCAACCGAGAAUCCACAGUCAAAAUGCCGAAAUAUCCAAAAGGAGGCUCACACGCAGCUCAGAGGAUCUCUCGAGUCAGCACGCGGAGAAUUUGGAGCAAUCCCCAACGGCGGGGAGGAAGAGUAACCCGAAGCAGCUGACGACGAGUCGUAGUCACUGUAUGCCGGAAAGAAUAAUCCCAGAGGAUGUUUCCGUGAGCAUUGAGAGAUCCAUGAGUUGCUACCAGAAUGCCCAGAAGACGAUAAUCUUGCCAAAAGACUACAAUCCCGUCUCGCAGCUCAUUGCCGUUGAGGCUGUUGAUGUUUUCCUCCGUAAAACAUUCCUCAGUGAUGGAGAUAAUUCCCCAAAGGUUGAGAUCCCAUCAAGGGCCAAUUCUGCAUACCUUAGCGGGGAAGCAGAUUCGGGAUCAUUCACCAAUAGAAUCUUCUCGGAGACUUAUGAGGCCAGCUUGAAGCACAAUAAGCGUCUUGUCAAUUUGAAGCACAAAAAUCAGAUUGUUCACAAAUCCACGAGGAAUUUCAAGCAAAUCAUUGCGGAUUAUCGCCUCAGAGAGCUCCAGAUUUUGGGUUGUCUCAUUGUGGAGAUUUGUCUGCCGCACAAGAUGCGUCCGCUCAAUUCUGUGGCCUGCGAGGGGACGUUUGAGCAGCGUCUGGCCACGUGCCGGAGCAUUGUGAAGUCUGAUCUUGGGAGUCUUCCUCCGUGUGUCCAAUACCCCGUCCGGCUGUUCCUGCAGCUGACUACGAAUGAGACAAUAAUCACGGAGAAGGGCCUUCCCAUCCCAUCAGCUCAUCAGAUCCUUCAGCCACUCCUCACGAAUGCCCUGUUCCCCUUCCCACCCACCUACAUGGGAAUCUAUACCACCAUUGAGACGCUCUAUCGCUUCCGUGGAGCUUCCCGAAUGCUGGAGAUGAAUACCUUCUUUGAAUGCGACGGGAAGGAGUGUGCAAAGUAUGAGACAGUCGAUCGGACACGAAUGGCGUUCCGGAGGAGGAUGGCAGAGUGCAAAGUCAAGGCGUGUGUGAGUCUCCUUGAAUCAAUCCUCGAACCAAGUGGGUUUGAGCAGUUUAACGCCGUGGAGCUCCUCCUGCCGCACAUAGUGGAGCUGAUGGGGCAUGAGGACACUUCGAUUCUCGCUGCGUGGUACCUCUUUGACCCCCUGGCUGCCGUCCUUGGUCCGGAAGAGACAAAGAAGCACCUCCUGACGCCAAUUUUGCGACUCUACGAUACGGAUCAUGAGGCGAAAUGGGGUCCAGGGAUUUUUGACACAACCUCCAUGCGUCCGGGAACAAAUGCCUCAUUCAGGAGCAAGAAAUCCGUCAAGUUGUACCACCACAGCUUCCUCCUGCGUCUUAUCGUGCGAUUUGGCUUGAGGGUCUUCCUUGGGAAUUUCAUAGCGCCCCUCAUUGAGGCUGUGGGUGGGUACAAAGAGCCCGAAAAUACGCCCACUCUCCACUGCCACGAUAAUCGGCAUCGCGUCAAAGCAACGAGAGGCUUGAAGUUGACAGAAGACAGAGAAACUUCCACUCCAGCAAUUUUCCUGUCUCCGGAUUCAGGCUCAGAGGAGACUCCGAAGCCCAAAAAAGAAUCUUCGGAGCACGAUGGGAUGUUCUACUUUGAGCAGGAGCACGAGGAGACGUCAAAGAUUGAUUCAGAGGACAUGGAUGCUGAGAAGAACAUCAUGCGCCUCAUGGAUCACCUGGAACUUAAAUCUGAAGGGAGUGUGUCGGAGUUGCAAUUAAAUCACGCUCAAGCGGAAGAGGUGACAGAAGAUUCGGUUGUGGAGGAUGCUGAGAAUGCUGCCAAGUCCCCAACAAUCCCCAUACCCAACUCUGUUCGUCGGGGAGAUCAAGUUUUCUCCAUUGGGUGCGAAGUGGGCAGCCGGAAGAGUAUUGAUUCCAAUGAAAUCUUACUCCAUGAGCCGUCACAGGGGCAGAAGGGGCAUGAACGUGUGAGGAAGUCAAGUAGAAUUUCAGAGAUGAGUGCUGAGAGUCUCAUUUGGCUAUCCCAUCGUCUGGGGCCUGUGCUCACGGCGCGAUAUCUCACCAGGAAUCUCCUGAAGAUGCUAACCCUUUGCUAUGUGGGCCAGGAGAAUCUUCUUCCGGAUGAUUCCCGGACAAAUCAGAGCAUUAAUCACUUCUCAAUUGCUUCGGGGCGUGUUGUUGGUGAUCACAAUGCUUCCAAGAUCCUGGAGUGUCUCACGGCAAUUGCGGCUCUCUUUGGUGAGCAGCUAAUUCUUCUGCAAUAUCUCCCGCAUGUGAGUGAAUUGAUCAUCCUCUGCAAGAAGCGCAUCACUCCAAGUCUCGAGGGUGCUCUCAUUAGUUCCCUUCAGCUUGUAAAGUACCUGGUACCUUGCCUAAGUGACUCCACAAUUAUGGAUCAGCUUCAUGACAUGAUCCUCCAGUCAAUUGUACAUCCCAUUAUAAAGAUUUGCUCAAGUCGCUCCCCAAUGCCAAAUGGCUUCCUGGCGAGGAAUUGCAUUGCCCGGAAGCUCCUUGAUGCACUGUACGUGCUGGCAAUUAGGAUUGGGCGUGAAAUGACACGAGAACAUCUCUGUGUUCCUGCCCUCCAGCGCUUCUUCCUCAUCUUCGACAAAGCCUAUGGGGUUGUUGAGAAUCUCUCAGCGUCGGAGGCGAGAAGUGGUCCCGAAUCAAGUCCAGUGGGUGAUGAUCUCUAUGAGGAAGUGAAGCGUGAUGGGGGGAUCCAAGAGUGGACCCUUCAGGGCUCUCCCUUACAGUUUUCCAUUGCCAAAUGCAAUGCAUCCCUCGAGAGUGUUUCCCCGCCGAUGGAUGCUGCUGCCACUGAGGCAAAGAGUCAGAUGAUCCGGGAGAAGGUACUCGAGGAGAUUCGGGAUGUUUUCACGCCGAAUUUAGCGCAUGUGGCGUAUGUUCCAUUCUUGAAUUUCCUCGGGGAAAAUGUUAUGCAGCAAACGCUGAAGAAUCUUCCGCUUAUUUUGAAUUUGUGUCAUGAAUUUGAGCAGCCAGAGGCUUCCGCUGCUUCCGGAAAGGGAAUUCCAGGGGAUUCACAGCGUCUCCUCAUGCCGGGAACGUCAAAAACCGACGAUGCGGAAUGCAGUGGCGUGUCAAAUAGCUUUGGCACGGCGGUUGUGGGCAAUCGGAUUGAGGUGAAGAAUGAAAAAGCCCCGGAAAUGGGGGUGAUGGAAGUUCUCAAUAUGGUCACAUUCAAGAUGGAUCAUAUCAACACAACACGGCAUCUCCGGGGGAAUUGGCUUGCGUACUGGGAGCACGAAAUAGGACGCUCAGACAAGGAUAAUCAUUUGAAUUUGAAGCAAAUAAAGCUACAAAGCUACGCUGGGCAUACAAACUCCGUACGGAGUAUCCUUGCGUUGGACAAUGAGAAUAGCUUCAUGUCAGCAUCGAAGGAUAAAACCGUGAAGUUGUGGAGUCUCCGUAGUGAAGGGGAUGGAUCCAAGGUGUCAACGUGUCAAUAUACGUACACAAAUCACCGGAAAUCUGUUCAUUCGCUCACAUUUCUCGAUUCAUUGAGACUCACCGUUUCGUGCGAUUCUUGUGUUCAUCUGUGGGAUCCUUUUGUAGGGAGUGUCAUUGGACAAUUGGAUGCUGCAAAGUAUAGCCCUGUCUCUGUUGUACGAACAUUCCCUGCUCCCAGUGCCCUUGUUCUUGCCGGUACAGCUGAUGCCUCUGUGAAGAUUAUUGAUGCCCGGAAUUUCUCCUACGUGAUUGACUGGAAGUUGACACAGAAUGCCACAGGAUCAGUCCGUUGCAUGGCUGUGUCGCCUUCCGGAACAUGGGUUGCAGUAGGAUUGAGUUCUGGGCAGUUGAGUGUGUUGGAUAGUCGAACGGGGAUGAUUAUGGCAACAUGGAGACCCCAUGAUGGGGAAUUGUUGCAACUUUCAGCCCCAAAUGAUCAUCAAGUGAUCAGUUCGAGUCUCGAUCAUAGCAUUUCCGUGUGGAAUGCUCACGAUGGGAGUCUACAAUUCCACAUAAAAAAUCCUGCCGAACCCACUCAUUGUCUCUUCUACAGCAGCCCUGAACUAAUUUCCGGAACACCUGCAAAUAAGAUUUGUCUGUAUUCGAGCAUUGAACCCGAAGCACCGUUUCUCGUGACAAAACUACGAUCGGAUACACUGAAGGGUGUCCUGACGAGUCUUGUGGCUCUGCCGCUCAAUCGAAUGCUCCUCGUGGGAAGCGACAGCGGCAACAUCACUCUCAUCUGCUAGAGAGCACCAAACCAUGAUUUAUUAGAGAAAGUCUACAGUAUGUGAUUUAUUUUUUUAUUAUGCUUUCUUUUAGCAAUACUCCCCCAACAAUUAUUCCCACCCCCUGUCCUCCAUUACUAUGUUAUAUAUACGUUCCAAAAUGAUUUUUAUUCCCACUCUCAUUUAUUUAUAUUAUGCUGUGAAAAAAAAAUUAUAAUGCAAAUAUACAAAAUAUUAGGUCAGUA